AUGAAGACUUUUACUAAUAUCGAUCUCAUCGACCAGGUAGACUCAUACCCGUACGCACAGUGCAAGACUCUGCCUGCCGAGACGCCAGAGUCCGUUUACACUCUUGUCUGGGAUGAUGCCGAGGGCGAGGUGCCGCUCGGAUACGUCCUGCCCCGAGUUGUGGAGAAGCUACUUGAGGUACCCGACAGUAUCAAGGGUAAAGUCCAAGUUGAUUCAGAGAAGCGCAUCAUCCGCGCCUUUCAGGGAUCGACAUUGGAAAGUCGUAGCAAGCUGGCAGCGGAUCUAGCAGACUAUUGGAGGGCUAGAGACACCUUUCCAAUCCUUCGAGGUUGGCGUGACGAGCUGUGGCCUGUUUAUGGCCGCCAUGGUGAGCUUCUCUUUAACAUUGAAAGGGCUGCCUCUGGGUUGUUUGGCGUCAUGAGAUAUGGCGUUCACAUGACGGCCUUCGUACACUGUCCGAAUGUAAGCCACGGAAUCAAGAUUUGGGUGCCACGCCGCUCUCCGACCAAGUCGACAUUUCCCGGGAUGCUGGACAACACAGUCGCUGGUGGGCUGAUGACGGGCGAAGAUCCGUUUGAGUGCGUAAUCCGCGAAGCAGAUGAGGAAGCUAGCUUGCCAGAGCAGGUUGUUCGCCACCGAGCCAAGUAUGUCGGCGGCGUUACGUACAUUUAUGUUACAGAGGCAGAGGCGGGCGAAGAGGGGCUCAUCUAUCCCGAAGUUCAGUGGAUUUAUGAUCUCGAACUACCCGAAGACAUUGUGCCACUACCAAAGGACGGCGAGGUCGCCGAGUUCAGCCUCUGCACCGUUGAGCAAGUUCUGGAGGGGCUAGCACAGGGCCAGUGGAAACCCAACUGUGCGUUGGUCGUUCUCGACUUUUUUAUCCGCCACGGCAUCUUAACCAGAUAUAACGAACCCGAUUACGACCGAAUCGUGCGAAGAAUUCAUCGAAGAAUCCCGUUCCCUGGGCCGCACAACCAAGACCCGUCUCUAGGGGCCAUUGACGAAUAA